AUGUCGAGCACAAAGUUCACCAUGGAGUAUUCUCGGGUGGGCCGCGCCGGACUAAAGGUGUCCAAGAUCAUUCUGGGAGGCAUGUCCUUUGGAAGCAGUGAAUGGCAGGACUGGGUCCUUGACGAGAAGUCCUCUCUACCCAUCAUCGAACAUGCCUACAAAGCGGGCAUAAACACAUGGGACACUGCAGAUAUCUAUUCCCAUGGAGAAAGCGAAAGGAUCCUGGGACAGGCAAUCAAAAAGCUCAACAUUCCUCGCGAGAAUAUCGUGAUUAUGACAAAGGCGUAUUUUGCCCUGAGUCAAGACGGUCACCAGAUCCCCUUGACCGAGUGCAUGGUGAACGACGGGCAUCUAACAAAUCGAGUUGGAUUGAGUCGCAAGAAAUUGUUCGACGCCGUGGAUGCAUGUGUAGAACGGCUCGGCACCUACAUCGAUAUCUUCCAAAUCCACAGGCUUGACAGAGAUGUGCCCAAGGAGGAACUAAUGCGGACGCUCAACGAUCUGGUGAACUCUGGAAAAGUGCGCUAUAUCGGUGCCAGCUCGAUGUCAGCGUGGGAAUUUCAGCAGCUACAGGCAAUCGCCGACAAGAAUGGCUGGCACAAAUUCAUCAGCAUGCAAAACUAUUUGAACCUGCUUUAUCGAGAAGAGGAGCGAGAAAUGCUGCCAUACUGUGAAGAUACCGGCGUUGGAAUCCUGCCCUGGUCACCCCUGGCAGGAGGUAUGCUCGCACGCCCAUGGGGUUCAACCACCAAACGAGAUGAGACCGAUCAGCAUAAACUCCCCCAUGGGAUGGUGGAAGUACAGAAAAUCAUUGUCGAACGCGUUGAGGAGCUUGCACGGAAGAAGGGCGUACCCAUGAGUGCUAUAUCCACCGCCUGGGUUCUGCGGAAGGGUGCCUGUCCCAUCUUAGGGUUGACUUCAAAGGAAAGAAUCGAUGAUGCGGUUUUGGCUUUGCAGGUCAAUUUGACGGAUGAAGAGACCCGGAAAACUGAGGAAGAGGACGACCUAAAACGAGUUGAUGGAUUCAAGAGCGGCGGAAACUCUAGAGAUAUCGUCGAGCAUAUGAAGUCCACAGGGACAAACUUGGUCGUUUUCUUCGGAUCUCAAACUGGAACAGCUCAAGACUACGCCGGAAAGUUAGCGAAAGAAGGUCAUUCUCGGUUUGGAUUAAAAACUCUGGUCGCCGACAUUGAGGACUAUGACUACGAAAACCUGGUGGAUUUCCCUUCGGACAGCGCCGCCAUCUUUGUGUUGGCGACCUAUGGCGAGGGAGAACCGACCGACAAUGCCGUCGACUUUUGGCAAUUCAUUACCGACCAAAAUCCUCCAUUUGCUUCAGACAAAGAAACCCCUUUGAGUAGUUUGAAAUACGCGAUGUUCGGGCUUGGAAACUCCACGUAUGAGCAUUUCAAUGCCGUCGUUAGGAAGGUGGACAGUUGCCUAGAAGCUCAUGGUGCCUCACGGCUGUGUGAGACCGGCGAAGGAGAUGAUGGCGGCAACAAAACUACAGAAGAGGACUUCUUGACCUGGAAAGAGACCAUGUGGAAGCGUCUAGCUUCCGAGAUGCAUCUGGAAGAGUGCGAGCAAGUCUACGAGCCCAGUUUCGACGUCCAAGAAAAGGAAACACAGUCAGAUGCACCUCUCGUCUACCUUGGAGAACCGAACUCGACGCAUCUAUCUGGCGAGCAGCGUGGUCCGUUUGGCGCCCACAACCCAUACCUCGCGCCGAUUGUCGAGUCCUUUGAACUCUUUACCGUGCCAGGACGAAAUUGUCUCCACAUCGAAUUCGACAUUGGUGAUUCCACCCUAGCUUACCAGACCGGGGAUCAUUUGGGAGUUUGGCCCAUGAAUGCCGAUGUCGAAGUGGAGCGUUUCCUGAGAGUGUUUGGUCUCUGGGACAAGCGAAACACAGUCGUUGAAAUCAAGGCUGACAGUCAAGGGAAGGUGCCUUUUCCGACCCCAACCACCUACGAAGCAGCAGUUCGAUAUUACCUCGAAAUCUGUGUGCCUGUCUCCCGGCAGUUUGUUGGUAUGCUGGCGCAGUUCAGCCCUUCUGAGGAUGCCCGAAAGCAGCUGGCCAAGCUGGGUAGUGACAAAGAGUAUUUCCACCAAGGAGUCGCCGCAAAGUGUUUGAAUCUGGCCCAGCUUCUGGAGGCCAUAAGUCCUACCCUCCCUUUUUCAGACGUGCCUUUCUCGGCUAUAAUCGAGAAUAUACGCCGACUGCAGCCUCGGUACUACUCCAUCUCAUCGUCGUCUCUGGUCCAGAGCCACAAAAUAUCCAUCACUGCAGUCGUGGAAUCUCGGCAGGUGGCUUCAGAGACAAAGUACCUGAAGGGUGUUGCAACAAAUUAUUUACUUGCUCUCAAACAAAAGAGAUCGGGCGAAGUCAAUCCAGAUCCGUACGGAAGGACUUACCAUCUGGAAGGUCCUCGAGGCAAGUAUACGCUUAAGGUACCAGUAUACGUGCGGCCAUCCACCUUCAAGCUUCCCUCUGACGCUUCAUUACCGGUCAUCAUGGUCGGCCCUGGGACGGGUGUAGCUCCUUUCCGGGCAUUUGUCCAGGAGCGAGCGUUUUUGGCAAAGUCAGGCCAAGAAGUCGGCCAAACAGUUCUCUUCUUCGGUUGCAGGCGGCGAUCAGAGGAUUUUCUCUAUGAAAAAGAAUGGCAGGACUACAAAGAUGCACUUGGGGAGAAAUUUCAGCUUUUCACUGCAUUCUCCCGAGAGACCAGUCAAAAGGUCUACGUUCAACAUCUCUUGGCUGAGCAGUCGGACCUCAUUUACAGCCUCUUACAACAUAAGGCUUAUUUCUAUGUCUGCGGGGAUGCGGCACACAUGGCCAAAGAUGUCAAUGAGGCGCUUGCGCAUCUGGAGGAAUAUCAGGGUAUUGAUAAGACGCUUGGAUUCCUCAAUAUGCCCAAAAGUACGGACCAUAAAGCGGAAUUCGCAAAGGAAGAGGAGGAGAUCCUCGAGCAGCUGUACAAAGGGUGGUUGCGCUACUGGAACAAGGAGUCGAUGCACGACCCCGGGGCGAACCAAUCACGCAGGUUCUACGACUUUAAAGAGAUGCUCAGCUAUGACAUGUUCGGGACCACCAUGCGAGGCAAGUUCAAGGAGCACUUUGAGAAUGUGUUCCCGUACUACGUCGACGGCCAGAUGGAAUACAAGGACCUCGAGAUCGUUGUGCUCUCUCCGACUCACGCCUUCACCACGUGCUAUCAGCACACCUGGGGAAAGGCGGGCGGAGAUCCCUUCAACAUCACAUUCCGAAGGACGGGGAUUGCGAGGAAGCAAGAUGGCCAAUGGAAAUGGAUCCACGAGCAUCUUUCGUUCCCCGUAAACAUGGCAACCAGGCAGGCCGACUACAAUUGUGAAAGCAAUGCUCUUGAGUCGUUCAAGUUUCAGGAAUGA